UGAUCUUGGAGGGACAAAUUGUUUGGCAUGAAUGAUUGACCAAUUCGGUUCAACAUUUGGAUUGCGAAAAUGAGGAGAUGGCAACUCUUCUAUGCUUGCUGAGGUAUAAAGGCAGGGCGGUUGGGCCAACAGACAGCAUCCCUCUUCAGAGAGAUACCAGCGCAUCGACAGCGGCCUCAGCCCACAAGAGCCAGUCAAUCUGCCAUGCGCCUCAACACCAACCUCCUCUCGCUCGCUGCCUAUGUGGUAGUCGCUGUCGCUCAGCAGGGUGAUCCUGUCAGCUGUGGUCAAGGCGAAAUAAUCCAGUACGACUACCUCUUUCCCGGCACUGACAUCGAGGGCCCGACGAACUGCAAUGUUCAGGAGGACCAACCUGUCACUGGUGUGACGGAUGACUCCACGGGCGCUGGUGGCUCUGCUUCCUCCUCGUUUGACGGAAGCCCCAGCGGUAGCGAUCCCAACACUCAGCCGUUCGGUGAAGUCGUCAUCGACUCGCCCAAGGAGUCGUCCGUCUCUACUAUGGCGGAGAACUCCAACUGGGUGCUCGUUGGGUGCCACCCUACCAGCGAUAAGCCGCAGAAUGUCCUUGCGUACUGCUCCAAGCAAAUGAACGCUACCGAGUCUGGUUGCUCGCAUGUCUUCAAGGGCGCUACUGAGCACACCAUUGUCUCGAUGCCCAAGAGCUGUGGUCUUGGCCCAUAUGCUCGCAUUGCCAAGCUUGAGCCUCACUCCGAUCAGGAGCUUGCGUCGCAAUUUGUGAAGGAGGGCAUUCCUGCUGGCGAGCAGUUAUACCAUCUGCAGUUCGACUAUGCUUUCGACGCCAUUCCCGAGGACAAUGGCCCGGUCUACAUGCGCAUUGAUGCCUCCGACAUACCCGAUUUCUGGGACAACAUCGUCGACUCGCCACCAGAACGGCGCGCGUGGCUCGAGGAGCGCGGACUCUGGGAGGGCAGCUCCCUUGAUAAGCGGGGUUGGUGGAGCAGCUUCGUCAACUGGAUCAAGAAGGUCACGACGGUCACCAUCCAGAACGGCGGCUCAAACACGUUUAGCUGGGCAAACAACUUCAACCUGACGAAGCUGUACGAGAAGGAUGUCGGGGCCAAUGCCAAGAUCGAGGGGUACUUUGACUUCCAGGUCAAUGCGAAUGCCGCGCUCAAGUCCAAGUACGGCUACUACCUCCAGGGCUCGGUCGUGCCUCCCGCUGUUGACUCUGCUUACUUGUACUUUGAUUCAAACGCGCAGGCACACAUUGACCUCUCCAUCACUGGUCGUGCCAAGGCCUCAUACGAGACGAACCGGCUCCAGCUUGGCAACUUCGGUUUCCCUGGUCUCUACGUUCCCGGUAUCAUCACUCUGGGCCCCUCGCUCAAUGUCGAGGCCUAUCUCGCCGGCUCUCUCACCCUCAGCGGAGAAUUCAAGACUGCCUUCGACGUCAACCUCCCCAUUGCGAACUUCGCCUUCGGCAAGCAGGGCUCUGACAAGAACCCGCAACCUAUUAACACUCUUAACCAACCCGGCCCGCAGACGUCUCAAAAUGUCGACCUCCUCUUUGGACUUAACGGCGAUCUUUCCGUUCACAUCGUCCCUGCUAUCCAGUUCGGUGUUAGCGUGCUCAACGGCAAGCUCAUCAACGCGCAGGCAUUUGUUGAAGCCGAUGUCUCUGCUGGUCUCAACCUCCAGGCUACUGUUGGCACUGGCGGUGCUUCUGCCUGCAUUGGCCCUUACAUCGGUGUCCUCUUCGAUGCCGGCUUGAAGGGAAGCAUUCUCUACUGGAAGACAUCCACCAAGACCUACACGAUUUACCAGCACACCUUCGAUUUCCCCACUCUCAAAGUCUGCCUCGGCGGCAACUCCAAGCGCGACAACUUGCUCGACGGCGAGUACUAUGGCUCGCUCGAGGAGGCGCUUGAGAACAUCGAGGAGAUGCCCGAGUACAUGAACCCGCUCGCUGCACGCGGCGACUCGCUCCUCCGCGACGCGGAAGGUCUCUGGCUCUCCGGGACGCGUGACUACAUUCCCGAGCCCGUCGUGGGCUCCCGCAUUGCACGCAACAUGAUUGCCGCGUACUAA